AGGAGGAGGAGGGGGCGGCCGGUUCCUCACCGGGUGCGCAGUGGCUGCGGACCCUGCAUGGAGCCGAGCGCACGGAGGCGGCUGCGGGCAGCGGGGUGAUGAGUUGUGCUCGGCCUCAGCCCGGCGGGAGAUAGCGGCCAGGGCGAUGCUGCACGGCCCCGCCGCCAUGGGGGAGCCGUGGCCGCCGCAGCCGCAGCAGCAGCAGCGGCUCCCGGGGCUCGGCAACGCCUCGGAGCCCCCCGCCUGGCCCUCGGCGGCGGCGGCCGGGCCGGGCACGGCGGCGCCGGGCGGCGGGGCCGCGGCCGCGGGGUCCGUGAGCCCCUGGGACAUCGCGCUGUGCGCCACGGGCACGGCGGUGGCGGGCGAGAACGCGCUGGUGCUGGCCGUGCUGUUCUACACGCCGAGCCUGCGGGCGCCCAUGUUCCUGCUGAUCGGCAGCCUGGCGCUGGCCGACCUGCUGGCCGGGCUGGGGCUGGUGGCCAACUUCGCCGUGCGCUACCUGCUGCGGCCGCCCAGCGAGGCGGCGGAGCUGGCGGCGGCGGGGCUGCUGCUGGCCGCCUUCUCCGCCUCCGUCUGCAGCCUCCUGGCCAUCACCGUGGACCGCUACCUGUCGCUGUACAACGCGCUCACCUACCACAGCGAGCGCACGCUGGGCUUCACCUGCGCCAUGGUGCUGCUGAUGUGGCUGCUGUGCCUGGGCGUGGGGCUGCUGCCCCUCCUGGGCUGGAACUGCCUGCGGGACCAGAGCUCCUGCAGCAUCCUGCGGCCCGUCACCAAGGACAACGCGGCCGUGCUGGCCGUCACCUUCCUGCUCCUCUUCGCCCUCAUGAUGCAGCUCUACCUGCAGAUCUGCAAGAUCGCCUUCCGGCACGCCCAGCAGAUCGCCGUGCAGCACCAGUUCAUCGCCACGGCGCAGGCCAGCUCCACCCGCAAAGGGCUCUCCACGCUGUCGCUCAUCCUCGGCACCUUCGCCCUGUGCUGGAUCCCCUUCGCCAUCUACUCGCUGGUGGCCGACUCCAGCUACCCCGCGGUGUACACCUACUCGCUGGCGCUGCCCGCCACCUGCAACUCGCUCAUCAACCCCAUCAUCUACGCCUUCAGAAACCCGGACAUCCAGAAGUCGCUCUGGCUGGCCUGCUGCGGGUGCAUCCCUUCCACGUUCUCCUCCAGACCAAGGACAUCCAGCGACGUGUGAGGACCGAGCACGGAGCCGGAGGAGCUCCCUGGCUCUCCUGCUCCUUCUCUUUUUCCCCUCUGUCGUUUUUGUCUCCUACCGGGAGGAGUCCCCUCUCCGGUCAGCACAUCUCGUUCCAUGGAAAGGUGGCCAAAAAGAGGGAAAAAAAAAAAAAAAGGCAAAAGAGAAAAGGAAAGAGAGAGAGUAGAGUGAUAAUGGUUUCCUUUAGAAAUGUUAUUUUCUUACACAUUUUAUUUUUUAUUUAAAAACACAAAACACACACAAAAAAAAAAAAAAAGAGAGAGAGAGAAAGAAAAAAAAAAAAAAAAAAGAAAAAGCAAAGAAAAAGGAUCCUCGCACGAUGGCGUUUGUCUGCUCUCGGGGUAAGGAGCCAGGGGAGCAGCGGGUCCCAUCCGGGUGGUGCCGCGCCUCGGGCACAUCCCAUGGGAAGGCCACAGGGGCGGGGGGCGGGGAGGGAGGUGUCGCGUCCCCCCGGCGGGGCUGGUCCCCACGCGUGGGGUGGCUGCGCCCAUCCCCCGAAAUCAGGGCCUGCGAUGCUAUGCAAUAACGGGGGCGCGUUCAGCACCGCGGGGAGGAGAGCUCCGGCCGGGGGCCGCGGCAGGAGGGGCACGGCGGCUGCCCGUGCCUGCGUGCUUUGAGAACCUGCCCGUGAAAGACACUUGAGCUGCGGCUUGUUCGGGCUGUCGCAGCGAUGGGGGCACCCAGGGAAUCCGUUCCCUCCUUCCCCCCUCCCCCGAAAAUGCUGGGGCAGCGCUGGCGGUGUGGGGGUGGCGAGGGCAGCUGGGGUGCCCUGCACCCCAAAGCCUGGGCGGCCAAGGAAGGGCUCUCCCUGUCCGGCUGGGCAGCGGGGUGCUGCUUUCCCCCCGUUCACACGAGUUGUUUACAUGGGGUGGGGUUUUCAUCCAAAGAGGGGUCCGGGCUUGCUGGAGUCCCCGAGAGAGGAGCCUCUGCCGCCACACGUGUCACUGCUGAUGCUGCCACUUUACCUCGCUUCCUCCGGGAAGCGCCAGCCCCGCCGUUGCCGUGCUGUGUGAUGUGCUCUGUGGUGUUAGCGAGGCCGUGAUGAAGUGUCCUUUAUCCUGUGCUUUCUUUUGGCCGGGAGGUGGAAUCGUGCAUUCACUGAUAAAGAAAGGAAGAACCCCAGCAGCCCCCGGAGACGGGGCAGGGCUGGGGCGGGACAUCCAGGGCGGCUCAGGGCACAGGGGGUGCUGCCCGGGGUCCUGGCAUGGGGGCUCGGGAGAGCCCCCAGCAGCUGGGUCUGGUACCCAAACAUUCUGCUUUGCUGUAGAGAAAUUGUUGUGAUGUUGGAGAGGGACUUUGGCAAGGGUGUGCAGUGACAGGACAAGGAAUGGCUUCCCACUGCCAGGGGGCAGGGAUGGAUGGGAUAUUGGACAGGAAUCCUUCCCUGGGAGGGUGGGCAGGCCCUGGCACUGGGUGCCCAGAGCAGCUGGGGCUGCCCCUGGAUCCCUGGCAGUGCCCAAGUCCAGCUUGGACAUUGGGCGUGGAGCAGCCUGGGACAGUGGGAGGUGUCCCCGCCAUGGCAGGGGUGGCGCUGGAUGGGCUUUGAGGUCCCUCCCAACCUGUAACAUUCUGUGAGUCUGUGACAGUGGAAGAAAUAUUCCUGCUUUGCGUGGCUGCAGAGGGUACAAAGUCACUUUAUGGCUGGGUACAGACAGGUCCAGGUGGGUUUUGUCCCUGGAUCUGGCAAUGAAUCUCUUGCUCCUCGGAGCUAAGUGCACAAGAGAAAGCUCUGAGGUUCCCAAGUGUGCCUGGGGCUUGGACUUAUUGUCUGCCUGUGAGAGGUGGCCAGUCCUGCAGUUUUUAUGUUUUGUGGGUUUGGGGUUUUUUUCCCAUUCCCUUUCUCUGAUGAAUUCCUUGGAGAAUGGGCAGUUGGCACAAUGUGGAAUCAAUGUAAGUUUUAAAGUAAAUAUAUAUGUAAGACUAAUAUUUUUACAAACACUUUACUCAUUCUUCUGGUUUCUUAAGUGCAGCCAGGUCCCUGCAGUUCCUCAGUGUGAAAACUCAAUAGCUCGAACCCUUUUUGAAACAUUGUGAACAUUUGAAAUGUUUUUCUACAACCACCCUAGCUAGAAGUCAGGAUUUGUUUCUCUGGGCAGCUCAUUUUGUAUCUUUAGAUGAAAGGUAGUUUAACUAAUCAGCUCCAGAGAAACCUUGACACAAAAAAAAGUUGCAUUUUCUUGGCUUUCCAGUAAAUUCCCUGUCGCUGAAGAGCUUGAUUUUAACAAUGUUCUUUUUAGAGUUUAGUUGCUUUCCUAAAAUGUGUCUCAGUUUGAGGGAUGCACUCAUGAACUUCGCCAAAGUCAAAUGAGGAUCAAUGAAAAAUUUCUCGCUGUGGCCCUCCACAGCAAGAGGAGAAAGAUUUGGGGUGUGGGGAGCUAAAGCUGGGGACACAGCCGCUGCCAGAGUGAGGUUAAGAGCAGGGGGGUGUCCUCACUGGGGCACUGGGGGCUCACCCAAACACAUUCACACCCCUUUGGCAAAGGCAAACUCUGAGUUCUGGUCCCUGAGUGCACUGACCCUGCUCACAGUCAGCGCCGGGAUGUGGUACCAGCCUAUUCCAUGCUCAGAAUUGCUGUAAAAUAAGGGUCUCAUUUAUUUUUGUGUGAUGGGCCAGCACAUCUCUCUUUGACAUGCUAAAGCUGCCCAUGGAAGUUGUUAAGAACACUUGUAAGGUUUCAGGAAAAGUCUCAAGAAAUCUCCUCUAAAAAAAACCCUUUUUGAUAAAUUGAUAAAUUGGCAUUUUUUUCUGUCAUUGCCCUAAAUAAAAAUAGUGCAAUUUCCAGGUGGUUUUUUGUUUUGUUUUGGGUUUUUUUGGGGUUUUUUUUGUUUGUUUGUUUGUUUUCUGCUUUUCCUCUCCCAUUUUGUCAGAGGAAAGAGGGGGAAAUGAGGGGAAAUGAAGAAGAGGAUGAAGAGGUUUAGGUUCACCUGCCAUGCGUUGCCUUGUGGAAACCUCUGACCAUUUUACUGCACCUUUGCUGCAGUGCUUUGGUUUUGUUCUGGUUUUGUUUCCCAUAGAUAAAACCUUUUACUGGGAAAGUUUGGAGUGGCAAUGGUGGACAUCAGGGGGAUGAUGGAUUUUGGAGCCUCCUCAUGGUGAACAGCAGGAAAGUUGAUUUAAAACCUUAAAUCACUUGCUGAGGCAGCGUUGCUGUGCACAGGGUGGGAAUGUCCUGGUGUUUGGGGCUGGCUUUGGGAUGUGUUUAGGAUGGAAUGCAGGGCUUCAGGAUGGGGUUCUGCUGCCAUAAAGAGGGAGCAGCUCCCAUGAAUGUCAUGGAAUCCCAUGAGGAUGAGGCACCGAUGGUCAGGGAAUCACCAAAAGCAAAAUGGGGUUUCCAGCUGGUGGAUCCUCUGAGGAUCCACUGGGGAUCCAAAACUUGGUGAAAAGAGCCCAGCAGCCCCUGUCCACCUCCUGGCACCACCAGAAGGACACAGAGCAACUGGGGUACAGCCAGUGCUCCAUGUUUCCUGGUGUUGGAUGUACUGGGAGGCCUCCUCCACCUGGGAUUCUGCAUCUCUGUUAAACUGAGGGCCUGAAAGCCUCUGAUGUAAUGAUUGUGCUUUUCAGCUGAGACAAGGGGACGGUGGCAGUCCUGCAAAGCACAGGGUCUCUGGCUUGUGGAAAUUUGCAGGUGCCCUUUGAUGUCCACAGAGUCCCCCUGGCCACUCCAGGUGGGAGCUGGAGCUGCCUGGAGAGGGCUGAUGGUGUUUGGUUGGGAAGGACUCCCUGUCCUCACCCUGGCCAGGGUAUUGCCACCGCAUCUUCAAACUCUGAGCUUUGCACAUAGCUUUUGAUAAAGGAUGAGAGGCCAGAGCCAGGCUGGGCUUAGACUCUGGUCGCUUCUGGACUCUCCAGGAGCUGGUUUGGAUCUACAGCAGCAGAAAUGGGCAGAAAACUGGUCCUUAGUAAUUAGAGGUGGCAUCCAAGCAGCGCUGAGCCCAUGGCAGGGAUCAACAUAGCCAGGGAAAUGAAUCCAUGCUUAUUUGCUGAUUUAUUUACAGGUUUCUGGGUGCCUUUGGCUUUUCCACUACGAGCUGGUGGCCAGCAGAAUGUAGAGGUGAAAGGCUUUUGGUGCUGGUGCUUGGCUGGUUGAGGGGAUGAGGAGAGGGUGAGGAGGAGAAAGAAGGAGCAAACAUUCCUCAAAUACACUGUGACAAGGCCAGGGCCACCGUGGGGCGGGAUGUAACCACAGCUGCCAUGAGGUUCGUGGAGAUGUGCCAGGGCUGGGGGGAGCUUGUGCAUUUACAACAAGCCCAUGUCCCUGUCCAAGCAUGAGAAAUUAAAAAAAGAAAAAAACAAAACCAAAAAACUCUAUUAAAAUGCACAGACUCUACCAACGAAGCUGCUUAGUUUUAUUUUGGGUUUUGUUUUCUUUUUUCCUUUUCCCUUUUGGUCAGUUUGGGACUUUGAGCAGUGAAAAUGUCUCUCUUUAACCAGCCUCAUGUCAGUAAGCAGCAGUAAAGAUGCCAAGGGUCUCAGUCCUGAUGUGGCAGCCCCAGUGUGUUCAUAUCAAAGAGUUUUAAUUGAACCUGGAAUGAACCCCCAAGAAACCAUUACUGUUCUCGUUAGGUGAUGAAGUAUCUCUUUCUUGUAAAAGCAUCAAAUUUGGGGUGGGGAGACCUUUCAAAAGGCCAUUGGUACUCACUUGUAUUGGUGUGUCCCGACCAGCAUCGAGACCCACAUCAUUGCUAAUGACAAAUUAACAGUACACUUCUAAUUGUCGGGAAUAAUUGUUGGAUGCACAUGGUAUUUCCUUGUAAUUCCUCUCAGCCUUCCCUCGUGGCGAGGUGAGGCAGCUCCACUUGGACCCUUUGCAGCUCUUCUGUUGUCGGUGCAGCUGCCCACUGCAGAAUCCCCUGAGCACCCUCCCAGUGUCCCUGCAGCCCUGGGAGCAGAGCUCUCCCAUCCCACUGGAAAACUCUGCAGCACAGAGAGAAAAGGGGCUUUUCAGCAGAGAACACCCAGGUCAGAGGGGUGGUGUGAAGCCCUUUAGUCCCUGGCUUUGAGGGGUGUGAGUGAGCUGUCUCCAGCUCCAGGGGUGCCAGUUCCUUCAGGAGUUCUGCUCGGUGCCAGCUGAGCGGGCUCCAAGGUGAUCCCUUCCCUGCUGAGGCCACUGACAGCACAUCGUGUCCCUGGCCACUGAAACCACAAGCACAGGUUUAUGGCCUUACUGCAGGCUCUGGGAGCUGGAAAACAGCUGGCUCGUCCCAGGAAAAGCUUUUAUUCCAGCUGGGCAGGGUCGGGCUGCAGCCCUGGGCUCUGCCUUGCCUUUGCUCUGCAGCACAGGGACAAGGACCAAGGACGGGGCUGGAGGCUGCUGUCCCUGGGGAGCAGGACAGAGCACACCAGCCCCCGCGAUAAAGAGCAUCCUCCCGGCCAGGGAAUCCUCCAGCCUCGAGGCAGGGAUGAGUUUCUGGUGGCCCAGCCCAGCAGGAGCCUCCCACAGAGGCAGGGCCAGCUCUGUGCUCCCCGCUGGGGCUCUGAGCCCCGGGCCGCGCUGGCCGGGCACUGCCAGCAGCACAGACAGGGUGGGAAUCCAUCCCCCAUCCCCUGCCUCCCGUCCCACCCGAUCUCCCAGUAAUGAGGCCAUCCCUCAGCAAUCAGGACAGCACCUUGUUUUGCUGUCAGUGCUGUCACGAGCCUUUAAACUUGACUGGGAAAGAUGAUCUCAAAGGAAAAUGUACAGUUAUCAUCCAGUUAUGGUUCAAUCAAGCCCCUUCGAUGCACUUUAUGACCGAGUGAAAACAAAUCAAUGCUGUUAUUGCACUGUAUCUCUAUUGUGUAUAAUAUUAUACAUUCAUCUGUAAGAGUAAUUUAUUUUUAUUACUGUAAAUAAAACUGUUAAAGUGAUUUGUCAAGAAGAUAUCCAAAAAUCUGGGGAGGGGGCGUGGGGUAAAAUUAAAACCUUUGAAGAUCUGGGCUGCUGUCCCAGGUAUGUGCCA